CCUCCUUCCACAGCCCCCCUCACAUCCCCGCCAAGCCCGUCGUUUCCCUCCUCAUCACAGCUCCCGACACCCGCGGUGGUCGUCUCGGUUCCGCGGCUAUGGCAUGCGCGGGGCUUGGGUCCACCGGUCGGAAUCCCAAACUCGGUCGCGGUCACGUCAUCGGCGCGAUCGGGUUCAGGUGCACGAUCCACAGGGUCGCCCAGCAAUCCACCCGGCGGCUGCACCGAUUCCGCUUCCUCUUCCGCUUCCGAUUCCGAGUCGCAGUCAUACUCCGACCCCACGUCAACCUCGUCCCCGUCCAGCUCGUCAAACCCACGGCCACACGCUUCCUCCUCGCUCAGGUCGUACGCUUCCGACGCCUCUUCCUCAUCCGCAGACGCCCCACCAAACCCACGGAAACACUCCUCCGACUCGCUCAGGUCGUACGCUUCCGACGCCUCUUCCUCAUCCGCAGACGCCCCAUCGAACCCACGGAAACACUCCUCCUCCUCGCUCAGAUCAUACGCUUCCGACGCCUCUUCCUCAUCCGCAGACGCGUCCAGGGACGUGGCCGCCGACACGACGACGACGACCCCGUUAGCGGGUGUGUGCGAGUGGUGCCACGUGUGGAUCGCUUCUGUACCUUCCUCGUCUUCACUAUCGGAGUCAUCGUGGGUUGCCUCACUCCCACUCCCACUCCCACUCAUACUCUCCUCCCCGCUGUCCAAAACCUCAACAACGUCACCACCCGCAUCGUACCCGCCCGGCGGCCGUUUC